UAUAGGGAACAAAUCAAAGGCAGAAGGAUGUAUAGCUGAAGGUCAAAAAAUUGAAGAAGAUCUAACUCUUUAUUCUUGUUAUUUUGAGGAUAUCGAAUCGAGCGUAAAUAGUCCUAAACGAGUAAAUGAUGAAACAAAUCAUGAUGAGGUUCUUGAAAGGUCAUCUACGUUCCCUCGACAAGGUAAAGUUGUCGAAGGCUUCAUAACAUUUCCUUUGACUAAUUUGGAGAAAACUCAAGCUCAUCGAUAUGUAUUACUUAAUUGCGCUUCAGCAAAGCCAUUUAUUGAUGAAUUUAGGCAACACAUUAAAAGGAGUUCAAGAGGCAGAAAACCUUCGAUAACAGAGGUAGAAAAGAGAAUUAAUAGAGAGUUUACUAAUUGGUUUCCUAAGCGGAUAAUGAAUCCAGAUAUAGAAGACAGAAUCUCUGAUGAUAUAAAGUUUUUAGCACAAGGUCCAGCGCCAUAUGCAAGAAGAUUCACUUCUUAUAACAUUAAUGGGUUAAAAUUUCGAACUUUGUCAAGAGAACAAAGAUUGAAAACUCAAAAUAGUGGAGUUUUUCUUAUGUCUGACACUUCUUGUGUUGCGUCUAGUGCUGAUAGAAAUGCAAGACAAGCAGAUUUGCCAUAUUAUGGGAAGUUGGAAGAUAUUAUUGAGCUUAACUAUUAUGGAAAGUUCAGGGUUGUCCUUUUCAAAUGCAAGUGGGCUUACACUACUCGAGAUAGAGGGUUUAAAAGAGAUGUUUGGAACUUUAAUUGUGUCAAUUUUUCUAAGUUGAUUCACACCGGUAAUCGUGAGGAUGAUGAUCCUUAUAUUGAACCAUCACAAGCAAAUAUGGUUUUCUAUGUUGAUGAUGAAACAAAUAAAGAAUGGAGUGUAGCUAUACAUUUACAACCAAGAGAUGUGUUUGACAUGGGACAAGUUGAUGAAGAAGAGAUAUUUGAGAAUGAGCCCUACCAACAACAAGUGAAAUUUUUUCCGAUGUUGAUUAUGGAAAUGUCCAAAUCUCAACAGAGGAGCAUAUGUCUGAACACACAUAGCAUGCUUUUUAGUUUUGGUGUAAAGGAAAAACUAUUUGUAUAUGCUAAUCACAUCACUCUUUUAUUAAGAUUUGAACUUUUCAUGUGUGUGUGGAUCUGGAUACAAAUUUCUUAUGAAAAUCUGCAGUCUUAUAACUGGAUGAACCAGUAAUCUUUACAAGUAUUUCAAUAACAAUAUUUUUUUUAAGAAUUUCUUAUUUAUCAUAUCUUUGGUUUAUUGUAGAAAUGGCAAAGACCAAGCGCUGGCAGAACUUGCAAAACUCAGUUCAAACACAACCUACAUUGUCAGUUCAGCCCAACGCACAACCAACCACAUCACAAUCGAUUUCAUCAGUUAAGGAGAAAAAACAGAUGACUUCCUCAGUUCAGGCUACAUCACAUCCGGUUCAGUCAACUCAGGCUGCAUCACAGUCUAUUUCCUCAAAUCAGGCUGUAUCACAUUCGACUUCAUCAAGUCAGGCCAAAUCACAACCGAAAUCAUUUAAGAAGCGUGUUGUUGGACGUGAGUCUACGGAGUAUUGCACCGUAGAAGCAAUAGAUUCAGAAGGAAACAAA